AUGUGUGGAGCCAUAGGCUCAAUUGGUUCAAUGCCCGCAUUGCUCUCACUGCUCCGCCUUGACACGCUGUUGGCCAAGAGCCUGCAUACCCUCUGCCAGGCUGCCAUCCAAGAUGUACACCUGCUUCGUGCUUCAGAACAUGUGGAAUCGUGGGGCGUUCCUCUACCCUUGUUGAACCCUCCAACCCAUUUGGAGUUGCUGAAGAGGAGUGAUAUCACUGCCAACCUCAAAAAAGCUCAGUUCGUUCUGGGUCCAGGAUUUCGAGGCUCCGGGACAAGUCCAUGUCUUUCGAACCAGGAAGGAGUUGGCCUCCAGCUUCUCUGCCAAGCCCUGGAGCAUCACUACUGA